AUGUCGGAAUUACUCGGUAAAUUACCAGUAUCAAAACGACCAGAUAUUUCGAAGCCUAGAUGGCCUCAGAAUACCUAUCAGGGCCGCCUCCGACAUUUUUGGACCACCGCAAAUCCAAUGAAUCUAUUUCAUUCAAAUGCUGAAAUUGAAGCUGCUCAAAAGACCGUACUUGAUUACAGAAAUGGCAUUGUUGACGAGCAAAUGACUGUUGACGAAUUGUGGCGAAGGAAGGCUAUUUACGAUUCAGCUUAUCACGCAACAACCGGCAAGAAAAUGAUAUUGAUCGGACGGAUGAGCGCUCAGUGCCCAUGCAAUAUGAUUAUCACUGGUGGUCUUCUUACAACAUAUCAGAAUCUACCUGGUCUGUUAUUUUGGCAUUGGUUUAAUCAGUCGUUCAAUGCCGUCGUGAAUUGGACAAAUCGCUCGGGCGAUAGUAAAAUUACAAUGAAAGGUUUAUUGACAGCGUACGUUUGUGCUACGGGUGGAGCGGUAACAGCCGCGUUGAGUUUGAACUCAGUCGUUAAGAAUCUACACCCACUCAUUCAACGUCUCGUACCGUUCAUCGCGAUUGCAGUGGCAAAUGCCAUCAAUAUACCGAUGAUGAGAAACGUCGAACUUCGAGAAGGUAUUGAUGUUUGUGAUAAAGACGGUAACAAGCUGGGCAGUAGCCGAGCUGUUGCGCCUCGAGCGAUAUCACAGGUGGUGAUCAGUCGAAUCGGCAUGGCUUCUCCGUAUAUGAGUGAGUUUUACAUCAAUUUCCAUGACGUCCCAGUCGGUAAAACAGUUCUUUUAUUCCGCUUCUUAUUCGUAAUCACUCCUGCAAUCGCUCAUCAAAUGAUGAAGAAACAAUGGUACCGAGUGAGUGUUCAUCUGUUUCGUUUCGUUCUCAGAACAAGAACACACGUCUGUCCAUCUGGUGGUUGUACCAUAAUUAGAGCAAAUAGCCGUUAUGCGAACGUUAUUAUGCAAACGGUUCUUUGCGGAUUUGUUUUGGCCAUAUCGACACCGAUGUGCUGUGCACUGUUCCCGCAGUGGAGUUGCAUUGAAGUGAGCAAAUUGGAGAAGGAUCUUCAGGAGAAGAUUGGCCAGAAACACUCACUUGUUUACUACAACAAAGGACUUUAA